UCACGUGAUUCUCUGUAAAUCGUGGGUGCCUUGGGGUGGGUGACUCUGUCUACUUGCUUGUCUACUUGCUUUGGCAACAUCCUUUUAACAAGUUAUGAAUAAUUAGAUUCUUGUUUAUUACAUGAAGAAAAAUAACAGUAAAACAAUGCGAUUCAGAAUCAGAAGGUUUUAUUGUUAUAUGUGCGAGAAUCACAACAUUAGAAAAUUGCUGUGGUUCUCGGUGCAAAAUUAGAAUUAAGAUAUAAACAUAAAUGAUAAUAAUAUAGGGACUCAAUAAUUACAGAAGUAGCUACUUUAUACAAGUCAGUGUAGGAACAGGUCAGAACGGGUCAGUUCAGGUGCAAAUACAACACAGGGUCAUGUGACUGGAACAAUGCAGCUGGAGUGGGCAGGUCUACGAUUGUCAUUCAUGAGUCCGACCGCAGAACUGUUUUUGUGACGACAGGUUCUGGUCCGAAUAGAUCUGAACCUCCUGCCAGGUAGGAGCGAGUCGAAGAGACUGUGUCCAAGGUGACACGGGUCUGCUGUGAUCUGACCUGCAUGCCUCAAUGUCCUGGAGGUGUACAGGUCCUGUAUGAAGGGGAGCUAGCAGCCAAUGACCUCAGCAGAGCGUACAACACACUGCAGUUUUCUUAUGUCCCAGGUGGUGGCUCCGGCGUAUCACACGGUGAUGGAGAAGGUGAGGAUGGACUUGAUGACUGUGGUGCAGAAUUGCCUCAUCGACCGAUAGGUUGAAUUUCUUCAAUUGCCUCAGGAAGUUCAUCCUCUUCUGGGCCUUUUUUUAUGAUGGAGGUGAUGGUGGGCUUCCACUUGAGGUCUUGGGUGAUAGUGGUACCCAGGAAGUGACACGAGUCCACCAUCGUGAUGGGAGUGUCAGACAGGGUUAUGGGGGGAGUGGGGCUGUGUGCUUCCUGAAGUCCACAACAACCUCUGCUGUCUUCUGGGUGUUUAGUACCAGGUUGUUGUGGCUGCACCAGGACACCAGCCGUUCCACCUCCCUUCUGUAGGCAGACUCAUCCCCGUCAGAGAUGAGUCAGAUGACGUUGGUGUCAUCUGCAAACUUGAUUUGCUUGGCAGACUCGUGGUUGGAGGUGCAGCCAUUGGUGUACAGCGAGAAGAGGGGAGAGAACACAGCCCUGAGGGGAACGGGUGCUGAUUAACCGCAGGCCAGAGACAUUUUUCCCCAGCCUUACUUGCUACUUCCUGUCCGUCAGGAAGUCAGUGAUCCGCCUGCAGAUGGGGUCAGGCUGAAGUCCACGAACAGGAUCCUGGCGUAGGUAUCCGGGGAAUCCAGAUGCUGCAGGAUGAAGUGUAGAGCCAUGUUGAUGACAUCAUCUACAGACCUGUUGGCUCUGUAGGCAAACUAGAGGGGGUCCAGGAGGGGGGCUGUGAGGUUCUUGAGGUGGGGGAGAACCAGGUGCUCAAAUGACUUCAUGACCACAGAUGUCAGAGCCACAGGUCUGUAGUCAUCGAGUCCAGUGAUCCAUGGCUUCUUGGGGACAGGGACUAUGGUGGAGAUCUUUAAGCAGGCAGAUAUUCCGUACUCCAGUCAAACAACAUUUAGGAACAGAGAAAUCUCUUCUAGUAAAUACAUGUGCAUAAAUGAUCCAUGCAGCAGGUAGGCUAAUGUAAGUUCAGACCUACUCAGGAAACAAUCACAGCCUCCACGUUAGUACUGCAGAAAAAAGGAAACGGAAUGUCCUUCAUUUUUAUGCUAUUUUACAUUUUAAACACGUUCAUUCUGAAUACUACCGCCUAAUUUGAGACACAUUUUGCAGGAAUCGUGACGCUUUUAGUUUGUUUUAAGUGACUAAACCUUUUGAGUGUAUUUUCACCUUUAUUUUAAAGACGGAAGUGAGGCGCGUGGUAAAUCCUUAACUUGACAGUUUCAAAAACGAUUUCUCGUGAAUCACAAGGUUUAGAAGGGAGUGCCCAAGGAAUAAAAACCCGCUCCGCCUUUCCUCGCUCCUGUUCAUCUCACAGGUUUUUCAGGUUCCUGCUCGGAUUGUUCUUUUUGCAUUUUAACAAAAUCAGCCACGAGCAGAUGGCGCAGUGGCAGGACCUGCUGAAGCUGGACUCUGCGCUCCAGAGCCGGGUCCAGCAGCUGUAUGAGGGAAGGUUCCCCAGAGAGAUCCGACACUUUGCUUGCAGCUGGAUUGAGAGCCAGGACUGGCUUUCAGCAGCUGAGAGUGAAACUGCAGCAAGAACCUGUUUCCAGGCUUUGCUGGAUUAUUUGGAGGAACUCUGGAACCGUUCUGUCCAGGAGAACAACAUCCUGGAGGGACCAGAUUUUAGAAGGAUGAUGGACUACUUGAUGGAACACUUUCAGGGUCAGCCGGUGAACUUGGCUUUAAUUAUGUCAGACUGCUUAAAUGAGGAGAAGAAAAUCCUCUCUUCAGUCACUACAGCUCAGAAUAAUUUGGGCAUGCCGCUAAAAUGGAGAGAGGUGAACAACAAAGUCACUGGACUGAAGUGGCAGAUUUCGGAACUGAAGAAGGAGAUCAAAACGCUGGAUGGUCUGAAUGAAAAGCUCGACUUCUUCCAGCAAACAUGGCAAAGCAAAGUGGAGCAGAACAUCCAAGUGGCUGAAUCCAAAGUCCAAAUGGUGGAAGGGGAAUGUCUCAAGCGGGCUAACAUAAUCACACGUACAAGGCAGAUUGUGGUGCAGCGUUUGGUGAAUCUUUUAAACCAGACAGCCCAAACAGUGGCGACUCUCACUGACGUGGAGCUGCCUGAGUGGAAGUACCGACAACAGCUGUCUUGUAUUGGAGGUCCAAUGGACACCAGUCUGGGGCUCCUCCAGAAGUGGUUUACAGCCAUUGCUGAGGUUCUAUUUGGAGUCCGCGAGCAGCUGCAGAACCUGCAAGACCAGAACAACAAAUACAGCAGCUCGGAACCCUCCAAACUCUCUGCUUCUGUUGCAGAACUGAACAAAUUCGUUCUGUCCUUGAUCACAAAACUACUUACAAAUUCUCUAGUGGUCGAGAAACAACCCAUCAUGCUGAAUUUACCACAUCGGCCUCUCAUCCUGAAAACUAUGGUGCGCUUCAAGGUGACAGUCAGGUUCCUGGCAAACCUUCCUGUUUUUAAUGGUCUGCUCAAAGUCAAACCUGUAUUUGACAAGGAUGUUGAAGAAGCCAAAACCGUCAGUGGGUUUCGUCUCUUUGACUUCACCAGUGAUAACAGCAAGGUGUUAGAUGUGGACACACCAGAUGGAGGGCUGAUGGCACAGUUCGAACACAUGUCAAUUAAGGAAAAGAAAGCAAGAAAAAAAGGUUUGAGCGAGAGUCAUCUUGGAGUUACCGAAGAACUUCAUGUCAUUCGAUUCGUGACGACGCUGACACACGCUGGACAGACGUUUAACAUCGAGGCGAGCUCUCUGCCUGUGGUUGUCAUCUCCAGUUCCAACCAGGUUCCCAGUGCCUGGGCCUCCAUCAUGUGGUGGAACAUGCUGUGCACCAGUGCUUCAAUGGACCUGUCACUGUUUGCUGCUCCUCCUCCGGUGGCCUGGCAGCAGCUGUCUCAGAUCCUCAGCUGGCAGUUCCUGUCCGUUGGUCAGCGGAACCUCGAUGAGCACCAGCUCUCAGAGCUCAGAGACAAAUUUGUUGAUGAUCCCGAAGGUCUUGUAACCUGGAGCAAGUUCACUAAGGAUGAAAGUACCUGGAUUUGGGUCGACGGGAUCCUGGAUCUGAUAAAUAAGUACCUGUCUGAUCUCUGGCAGGACGGAUCCAUCAUGGGCUUCGUGGGCCGGGAGAGAACGAAAUUCUUGUUGCAGACUAAAGCGACCGGGACCUUUCUGAUCCGCUUUAGUGAGAGCAUCAGAGACGGAGCCGUCACCUUCAGCUGGGUCGAUCACUCCAGUGGAGAGGCCCAUGUGCAUGCGGUUCAGCCCUACACCAAGAAAGAGUUGUCGGUUUUGUCUCUACCUGACGCUAUCAAUCACUACACUCUGACUGCCCAAGGUUAUAGCUCCUAUAACCCUCUGAUGUAUCUUUACCCCGACAUCCCCAAAGACACGGCUUUCGGACGCUACUACAAAGUCCCAGGCCCUUCUGCAACUAACCAGAACUGUAGAGAAUACCUGCACAGAAGGCUGACUGUGGUAUCGAACCACCCCACUCCACCUCCAUCUCCUCCCAUGGAGGCCCCCAGGAUGGAUGUCGACACCAACGUAGAUCAGAGUAAUGACCCCAAUCAAAGAAUGGACGAAUUUUUUCAAGACUUACUCGACUUACCUGAAUCAGACAUCUUCUGGCCAUCUUUUCAACUCAGCCCACCAUCACUGCAGGACAUUUUGGAAAGUUCUGCUCCCACCUGCCAGAAUGGGAUGGAUCACUGAUUCAGACAGGGAUCAGAAAGAGCAGUGCCAGGAGAAAAGUGCCCUCAUUUAUAUUGCAAUGGUCAGUUUUUAGGUACAGUUUGACCGUUCAACAUCUGGUCAAAAUGGAGACAGGAGACUGCAUGUGUUCCCUUUAAAUCGGCCUGCCUUUAACCCAUCAGCUGGAGCUCAGAGCCUCUCUGCAGCUCUGAACACAUGAUAACGUAUUGUCAACAAUCAUGUUCUCUCCUCAAGGUCCAAGCUUCCCUUAUCAUCCUACAGGAUUCUUCAUGCCUCUGAAUAAGGAACAUUCGCAGCUUGGAUUAGUUGCUAAAUCAAAGAAUGAUUUCUUAAAUUAAAUAUGAACUUCUAAAACUUAAAAGUUAAAUAAUCAUUAAAUAAACAUUUGUUUAUUGCUACUUAUAAUAAUCAUAAUAUAAUGAAAUGCUUUCAUUAGUCUGUGCUUGAGUGAUUGAAGUUUGAAAUGAAUGUUAUGAUUACAUUGAUUGAUAUAUGUGUCAGCAUGUUUAUAUGACAAGGUCAUCACCAUCUGCACUCACACAAGGACAAAGUAAAAUUAAGUCAAACACGUGACACACAGAUAGUCCUUUACCCCAGAUCAGAGCAUCCAGUAUCAAAGAAGGCGUGUUUCUGAGGUUGCCUCGGUAAUAUUCCUCAACUUGUCAACCUCUGGUUGGCUACACAAAUCAUAACAUAAGAACAUUAAAACUGGAUCACUCUGGUGAUUCAGCAGUUCUUGAGAAAGCUUCAGACCAGCCAUCUGAAGCAAGACCUCUCUAACCCAUCAAAGCUUUUGACACGUCGUCAAAACUUUUUUGGACCUGCGAAGCUGAUACAGCAAACGGUUCCUGCAGAACAAGCUGAUAUUGUUCCGACUCCUUAAAGAGUCCCAGACGCGCGGUUCCAUACAUCUGUCGUGACCCGAGACUCUGGACUGGAGAAGUCGGCGCUGUGGUCAAUCUACUGGACCUGGGUGUCAGAGGUCUUCCAACCUCUCUGACCGUCGGAUCCACGAGAGGGUCUCCCAGAACGGGUGAAGUAGACACACAGAUAGCGUCUUAUGCCUUUUGAUAAUAAUCGACUUCGUAGCUUAACGCAAACCAAAUUAUUCUACACCCAGAACUCAGCUUUCCUAGAUACGGAAGUUCUGAUAACAUCACAUUCACACAUAGGCACCAUACACUACACCUGCUCCAUCUGGAUCCAUCCACUCACAGUAAAUGUUUGUUAACUUGUCACGUUUUAAUUGUUUUAAAAAAAAUUUCUUACUUUUAUAAACCUGACUCUUUCCUGAAUCAAAACAAAGUGUUUACAAUCCCUGAAUAAAACAAAGAAUCUUAGAAUCUUCUGAUUAAACACCGUAAAGACCAAACAGGUUGAUGUUCUAUAUUUAGAUAGAGUAUCACAGCUUAUUGGUCAUAAGUAGAGGUAAUAUAUAUUGAGCUCUUAAAGCACUACAUUUCUCAAACCCUACAAUAUAAAUCAUAGUAUAAAUAGAUGGACAGAGCAAAACAUUAAAAGGUUCGUUUUUGGAUGAUAGAAAUGCAGGAUUAUACUUUUUAAUGAACAUUUAUUGUAAACUGUACAAAAUACUUUAUAGAACUGAACAGUGUACAUACAUCACAUACAGUGUACAUCAGUGUUCUGACUGAUAUAUAUGUGACAUUAUCACUGACAAGAAAAAAGGAAGUCAGAAAUUAUUCAUAAAAUCAUUUUCUGUUGUUUAUAAUCUUUGAGAUAAAUUGGUGCUGAUGGGUCAGAGCUUUAUAAGCCUCAGAGAUCUGCAUCCACCUGGCAGACUAUAGCAUUUUGGAGUCCUCUGACUCAUAAAGACGCUAAACAAGUGCCGGUCAUUUAUCAUUAAUUAAAGCAAUCCAGAGUUUUUCCUCUUUCAGGAAUUUCUUAUAUUUUAGAAAUCUCUGAGAGUGAUAGCCUACCCUGUACUUUGACAUUAUGUAGGCAAUUUGUCAGUUUAGUUUUUGCUAAAUCAUAUUUAUAUAUACGUGAAUACGCCACAUAACAUCAAUAUUUAUUUAUACGUGAAUAUGCCACAUAACAUCAAUAUUUAUAUAUACGUGAAUACGCCACAUAACAUCAAUAUUUAUAUAUACGUGAAUACGCCACAUAACAUCAAUAUUUAUAUAGUGCCUCUCAAGAUAAAAUCACAAGGUGCUUCACAAAAACAACAUUUUUAAAUAUUUUUUUAAAAGAUCUUAAAUGAGAGAAACAUUUUUAAUUAAGUAGAAAAAUGAUAAUUGAUGAACUGAGACUGAUCUCAGACUUGUUAAUUAUACAAAAUCAGGUCUGGAUUCAUUCUCAGUUAUUGUUAAACCAAUUCAUGCUGGCUGCUUUCUUUGUUUAACAAGUGUGUGUGUGCUGGUGCAAUUUAAAGUCUUCCUUGUGUCUACUUUAACAUAUAUUGGUCAGAAUUAGAAGCCCUGGGUAAUUUGGUGAUUGCUAAUCAUCUCUUUACAUAGGGAUGGGUGUUUACUGGCAAUUAAUGUCACGCCCACUACACUGAUUGCAGGCCAAACCUGAGAUUUUAAAAACAUCUAAUUGAGAGUGGAGCUAGUCCGGCAAAUUGGCUUGCAACAAUAAUAAAAGGAGGUCCCACCAAAGCCUGAACAGGUGAGUUUAAAGGAGACCACUGAGUCCACUGAUCUCAGGCUCAGGGGGAGAGAGGUCCAGAGUCUGGGGACCACAGCAGCAGAUGAUCUGUCACCUUUGAUCGUUAGCCUGGUGCUGCACAACCAGUAGGCUUUGGUCACUGGACCUCAGGGACCUGCUGGGGGUGUAAGUGAAAAGAGAGUUGCAGUAGUCUAAGCGUGAGGAGAUGAACUUCAGAGCGGGACAGAAUGGGACUCAGCAACGUUCCUGAGAUGGAAGAAGGAAGAGCGAACAAGAGAAUUGACAUGAGAAUCCAGGGUGAGAGCUGGGUCAAAGGUCAUGCCAAGAUUCCUGACAGAAGGUUUGGUGUGGGAAGCAAGCUGACCAAGAGAGUCUCUGACUUUGGGAAUCAGCUUGUCUGGGGCUCAGAUGAGGAUCUCAGUCUUAUCUUCAUUCAGCUGAAGAAAGCUCCCAGCUACAGAGAAGGAAUGCUCAGAUAGAGAAAAGGAAAACCACUCCAGUGCAGUUCCUGAUAGGUCUAACCAGUUUUCUGCCAUCCAGUUAAGUAAGUGAGAACAAUCGUAAAACAAAAGCCCUUUUUAAAUGACACACCAUGCUGGCAAAUCAGCGUAAUACUGCCGCAACGGUGUGUCUUAUGAACGCGCCGUGGCAGCAUGCCACAGUGGGAAUUCUGCACCUUUCAUGCAGCCACGCUUGAUAGUAAUUUUGCCGCAACGCCUGACAUGUUAAUGCAUAUUACGCCUUUACGCAACAGAGGGAGUUGUCAUGAUCAUGUGGGGAGUUACUGCCGAGCUCUGGCCGGCAACUCUAUUGAAAAUUAAAGUAAACGCGGCCGUUAGUUUCACUUUUGUUAACAGAACCAGCUGAGAUGAUAAACUAGAUUGAUGCAGCACUUCAGGAGCUUCUCUCCGUUAGAGCUGGAGGUCAGAUCACCAGAGGCUGCACGGGGACUGUAGAGGAAAGACGCCUUUGGCAGCGGCUUGUUAAAAAAACUUGAGUGCGGCGGCUUCAAUCGCAAUAAAAAGCAAGUUAUGUCCAAGAAAAACGGAAGUCCGCUGCAGCACAGAGACCACCCCAUACCCCUUUAUAACGCCAUUGCUGAGAAUGAAAUGCUGAUGUUAACUGUAGUUUUCUGGUGCCGUUGCUCUUGAUGUACUGCUGCUUGACUUUCUUUCCUUUUCUUUGUAACGACCACAUGAGCAUAUGUGUGAUCUGCCAUAACAUAUAGUGAAUAGCUACCUAGCUGCCAGUGUUCAAUGGGAAUGUGCAUUGGUGAAAUUAUAGCGAUACGAUACAUAUCACGAUACAGGGGAGACGAUUCAAUUUAUUACGAUAUAUUGCGAUACAUUCAGUCAGACAAUAUUAGCGAUUUUUUUCACUGAAUCAUUUGUACAAAAAUUCAAUAAACAGUUCAAACUGAUGCGUAGCAUGUUUAGAUGAGGUAUCUGAACCAUAAUAGAGGGAUUUACAUUUCAAUGGUGGAAACAAAACCCAUUGCACACUGCUGCCAACUAGCAGUCAGCGUUUUAAUUGCACCAAAAGAAAAGAAAAGAAAAUACACAAAACCCACAAAACAGUUUUUGAAUAUUGAUAUAAUAUUGCAGGAAAAAAAUCACGAUAUAUUGUGAUAUGAUAUUGUUGAUACACAGCUUUUGAAUAUCGAUAUUGGAAAAAGUUACCUGCUCAUAUAAGAUCUAUUUCCUCUUUUCGCUUUUAUAAAAACUCUCCCUAUGAGUAUGUGAAACCGAUUUGUAAUUGUUUUGAAGUCUGACUUUUGUUGUACCAAAGCAGGAUUUAUUUAUUUUUGUCCAGUUUUCUUUAGUUAUCCAUUUAUUAAUCUUCUCAGUUGUUUUUUGUUAAUUAUUUUUGGACUGAGUUUGUUUUGUUCUAUAGUGUACUGCCUCUGUCUUCUUGUAUUUUACUUCUCUUCGGUAGGAGAACCCACUCGUAAACGACAUGUUUCAUCUCAAGUGGUUUUAUCCUCCUAAAAUAUAAUAAAUAAAUACUUAUAAUAUCGCUGGGAAAAAUAUCAUGAUACAUUACCACAUAGAUAUUUUUUUACAUUUGUGUUUGGUGGGCGGGGGAUCGUGACACCACACACAACGGUAGCCAGGAUUUUACAGUAAUUGCUUUUUACAAAUCAGUAAAGGCGUUUGGUCCUCACAGACUCACGUAGAAGGAAAUAUGGCCUCGCUCAGAGACUUACAUGGAUAUUUCCAGAGAUUAAUGGCAAAAAUGACACUUUUGUGUUUUAUUGGCUUUUAAAGCUGUACAUGGCCUUACCCCGCAGUAUCUGUGUAAGCUUUUAGUUGCUCACUCCCCGUCUCGGUCACUGAGGUCAGCUGACCAGCUUCUCCUGGAGGUGCCGAGAACGAAGCGGAAGCUCAGGGGUGAUGGAGCGUUCUCAGUAGCAGCCCCAAGGGUGUGGAACGCACUGCCAAUUCAGAUUAGGCUGGAUUCAUCACUGUCGGGUUUAAAUCACUUCUGAAGACUCAUCUGUUCUCAGUGGCCUUUAAUUCAGUGUGAGAAUGCAUCUGAUUUUAGUGGCUUUUAAGUCAGUUAGAAUUAUUUGCUUUGAUCUGUUUUUAUCAAGCCCCCACAAUGCGGCUCUAAAAUUGGUCCCAACCUAGAAGUACCAAAAAUUGCAGUUCCACUCUCAUCCACUAGGGGCUGGUGUCAGAAGCGAGCAAAUCCUCAUUGACUCCCAUGUUAAAAAUACCAAUUUCACAGCAGAAAUAAACAUGUUUACAGCCUGGUACCAAAACAUGUUUUUGGUUUAAAUGAUCUAGUUUACACUCAUGACAACUCUGAGGGGGUGCAUUUUUUUCUCACUCUUCUGUUUAAGUGUAUUAAAAGCCUAAAAUUCUGUAUAAUUAAUGAGCAUCAGACCCACGUGACCACAGAGCUAGCUCCGUGGAAAAGCCUCAGUAGAGCCUCGGCCUGGCCUGGAAACUGUUCCGGGAUUUUGAGUCUCUGUGUUUGUGUAUUCUUUUUUGGAUAUCAUUUGUGCAAUUGUUGGACAAAAUGACUUGUUGUGACACUAAUUGCACUAAUAGAGCAUCCAAUUUGUCCUUUUUUUCGGUAAGUAAAAUUAUAUUUAUGUAUUUUAGGUCACUGCCGAGCUGAGCUUAGAUUUUAACAUGUACUGUUUAACCAUGAAAUUUAAAUGUAAUAGGGUAAAACCCAGUGCAUUUAACAUAAUGCUGCACUUUAGGAAAUGGGUUGAAAUAUAACAUGUUGGUGGAGCUGGGUUCCCAAUAUCGGCUUUUGGAGCUCUGGGGAGACCGAUGUUUUCCACCCGGAAUGCCGGCUGUUUCUCCCGCUGUCUGAUCGCGGCUUCUGUGUGCUGCGGCGGGCUGACGGCUUGUGGAGCUCUGGGAUGGAAACCUUUCCACCCGGUUCUCCCCAGCGGCAACUCUGAGCAGCGGCGCUUGUCUGCUGUGCGGCUGCCGGCUUGUGGAGGUCUCGGAGACCUCUGUGUUCCACCCGGUUUUACCCAGCGGUCAGCCCGGCGUAUCUCUGACUCAGAGGCUCUGGUGUUGUGCACAGUUAACUCCGGUUGUAGCUAGGUUGCUACCUCCGUUAGCUUAGCUCCCACCUCCGCAUUAGCUUUGGGUUAGCUUCAGGUUAGCUUGUAGCUAGUUCGACCGGGUGUCGUCAGUUGAUCCCAGCCUUACAGCCCCACCCUCAGCUCCUCCUCUCUUCCCUUUUAUGGAAUUGUCUGGGCUUGACGGAACCUGUGACACGGUCAAAAUGGCGGUGGUGGCCACCUCCCAUUUUAGCACAAAAACUUGUUAUUGGAGGCUAUGGAAACCCAUUGUCCAUAUAUUAAUGUUGAUGGUUUUUAUGUUAUGUUUUAUUUUCUUUGAUAAUGAACCUUUAAAUUGUUUUCAGCAUUUGUAGGAAAUGACUGUUUUUGUUUUGGCAUGUUAAGCACUUUGGUCAGUUUGUUGUAAAGUGCUAUAAAUAAAGUUGACUUGACUUUUUCACUUUGAGGUGCAAUACACUUUCCGACCUCCAGAUGGUGCCAUCUGAGAAAUAAAUUUCUUCUUCAAGCUAUCAGCUGAAAGGUAUGCAAAGCAGCAGUAGCAAUGUUCCUCAUUUUUGCACAACCUCUCAAUAAAAUUAUUAAAAUGCUGUUUUACGGUCCAAAUAAAAAGAACAUGUAUUUAUUAAACUCCCCUCCACCUGCUGAACAAGUGUUUAGUUUGUAUGAGUUGAACUCUAUUGAGCAAACAGAGCUCACGGCUAACUCUGCUGGUGCUAACUUGAUAAAGUUGUUGAUGUUGAAGCCACGGAGCUCCCUUAAGGCCAAAAGUUCACUUCACCUUUUGCCUUUUUUCAUCAGAAUUCAGGCUGAGAUGGUGUUCCUGUCAGAUAGACUCAUGUUGGGAUUUCUGAGUAUUUCCGGUCUGCUGAGUGGGCGGAGCUUCCAUGUGAUUACAAAGAGAGGCUGCUGUCCUUUUAUGGAACAAACAGCUGGAGCUUCUAGUGAGAUUUUUUUCUCCUGAUUCAAAUUUACAUUUUUAUAUUAACAUAUUUCUUUACUGAAAAACAGAAAAACACUCAAAAGACGUGUUCAUACAUAGAAGCAGAAUAAAAUACUUAAUUACAGCAAUACGAGUUGUUGUAAUUCAUUACUGAACACAGCCCCCUUUAAGGGUUUCCGGAUUUGGAAAAUCAAAGUAAAGGAAUAAAAAAAAACUAUAUUAAACAACAUAAAACAACCAAAAACCACAAAAGAGAAUAAAACAAAAGUAUGUAUUUAAACACAUAUUUACAA